UUCUAUUCCCUUCUUUCCAUCGGACUCCAUCGUCGUGAACACUGUACAAACAGGGUUUCACUGCUCUCAUCCUUGGGCGAAGUUUCCUCCUACCAAGUCCUACCAAGUCCAGCCGGACGAUGUCUACUCUUCCUUUUUCUUUAUCAGUGCCCUCUGCUCACUUAAAACUUUCUCUCUUUUGCUUUUGAGAGAAGUCUGCAAUACAUGAUUGCGUUAGAAGCUUCGAGACAGAGCCAUCGAAUCAGUGGACCUAAUCACUACCGUUUGUCGAUGUAAUAAGAAUUGAGCCUUGCACUUCCCUCCCUCCCCCUUCCCCCAGUUCAGGCGGUGACUCAGUCACAGUCUUACUCGUUCGCUUAGGGUGCUUGGAAGUUUUAAUAUUGCACCUAUUUUUCACGAGUUCAGACCCUCUUGUUAAGUAUUACCCCUUUCUGCCGUUAAAAAUCUCAAGGCUCAAGACUGAGUAAACUACCGAGUGUCGGAGAUUUCUCACUCCUGUCUGAACAGGGUGGAGAAACUGUCGCUAAGUGAGGGCGGAACUUGUUUGCUUGUACGAUCAGAUUUUUUUCUCUCGAGUGCUGGUCUGUGUCAGCAAUUCAUCGGCUUACUGCGAGUGGAGACUCGCACAGAGCUUUCUUUCUCUCACUCUCUCUCAUUUCAGCCCAUUGGCCGGCAGGUUGGGCUAGUGUGACCCUUAGUGUCCGCCUCCCUCUCUCUCCUCAUGAGGAGGAUAUCACUCGAGACGGAUGUGGAUUCGGGACUCUUGAUGGUAUACUUCCCAUUAAAUCUUGGCGCCUUGGAUUUGCUUUGGAGCCUAAAGCUCAUUCUAUGCUAGGGUCAGCUGCUUGCUGGCGCUAAAUGACCAUCCUGCCACACGGUCCAGCAUUGCUCCAGCACGAAGCCACAACUUUGUCCAUGAACUCGCCAAUUCUCCCAAACUAUACUUGUCAGGUAGCUCAUGUUCAGGUCGUCUCUAACACUGUACUCUUUCAUAGCUUUUCUUCCUUUAUACACAGUAUUAUUUCUAACUGAUAGUGGUUCUCCAAUAUUUCCCUCGUGAAGUUAUGUAUAGCUGACGCCACGUUAGGGUCAUGAAUUUACCACUUAUUCCUCGAAGAGAGUUCCUCGUGCAAAGUUCGACACGCUUCCAUCCGGCCUGAUACACACCCAGCUGAUAACGACAACAGUGUUGAAUCCAAUCCCAUCUACUCCUGUACUACAGAGUAACCUCCAUCAUGCGAAAAGGGGCAUGAUGUGCUGUGUCUUAUUCCUGGUUGCAAGGGCGUACUAUUUUCGUCGCGUCUGUCUCAGAAGAACGCAAUCCUAUUUCAUUGCUACUACGGAGAUGGCAAUACAAUACGCGUACUGGAGAUGUCGUGCCCAUGAGAUCUUGUAUGUGAAAAACGUGGAUAAUCUAAGGUAUUCAUCAAAAGUUACUGCUAUACUGUUCAGAAGCACUAUGGUUUCCCAGCCAAACCCGUAUAUUCUCAUUAUCCAAACCUGAUUAGAAUAUUGCAUACAGGUUCUUGUACUGCUCUUGCAAACUGAACAGCUUCAAGACAAUAUCUAAAUAAGUUAGACUCUUACGCUGCCCUUUAAUUAUAUAGGUCUUAUUAUAUUUCAAGAAUAUCUCUUUUGCUCCAAAAUGUUGCUUCUGAAUUAUUGUUCGGCAUCUUAAAAUUCUACUCUAUGAACAUGCUUUAUACAGUGGAAACCCAGCUCAACCAGCCAACUUCAAAUAUAUCAAUGACUUCAACCUUUUUGAAAUAUUGGAAUGCAAGAAUCAUAAUACAUUUGAUAUGGCACAUGCUGCAAUUCUACUCGCUAUAAGAACAAAACUAGGUUGGAAAAGCUUUACGAACCCAUCUUUCAAGCUUUAUCAAACCUGCAGAUUCUAGCUUUGAUUAUCAAUUACAAGGCGCGAGCCCUCAAUAUUCCCAUCUAAACCCA